GAGAUGCAAGAUACAUUGGCUAGUAUGGAAGACUUCGACUUAGAAUUGGACAAUAUGGAAUUAGUUGCGGCCGCUGCCGGCUAUUACUAUUAUAACAGUAUAACUCGGCAACCUCGACAUGGUUCGUCGCCUUAUGGAAGUAGUUUUAUGUCUGAAGUGCUGGAUGGCCCUGAUGAUGGAUGCCGGGAAAUGUUUCGGAUGGAUAAACAUGUAUUCCACAAUCUAUGUGGCAUUCUCAGACAAAGAGGCAUGCUUCGUGAUACUGCAGGUGUUAUGAUAGAGGAGCAGCUGGCUAUUUUCUUGAACAUUAUUGGUCAUUACGAGCGUAACAGAGUUAUCCAGGAAAGGUUAAGCCGGCAUUUCAAUAAUGUGUUGAAGGCAAUCAAGUCACUUUCACGUGAGUUUCUACAGCCACCACUCCUCCAGAAAUUCUGUCCAUUUUCCCAACAAUUCUAUCCAUAUUUCAAGGAUUGUAUCGGUGUCAUAGAUGCUAUGCAUGUUCCUGCACAUCUUUCAGCCAAGGACCAAUCACGAUUUCGUAAUAAGAAAGGUGUUUUGUCACAAAAUGUUUUGGCUGCUUGUACAUUUGACUUGCAGUUCAUAUUUAUUUAUCCGGGUUGGGAAGGCUCUGCUGCAGAUUCUCGUGUAUUAAGAGCAGUCCUUGAUGAUCCAGAUCAGAAUUUCCCUAUCAUACCUGAAGGAAAAUACUACAUAGUUGACACAGGAUACUCAAAUCUGGAAGGAUUUAUUGCUCCGUACCCAGGAGUUCGCUAUCACCUUCAUGAAUUUAGAGGUGCCAAUCAGCUGCCCAGAAAUCCGCAGGAACUAUUUAAUCACCGACAUUCUUCCCUUAGAAACACCAUUCAGGUGUCUUUCGAUGUGCUGAAAACGCGAUUUCCUAUUCUUAACGUUGCCCCUCAAUAUGGAUUUCAUGUCCAAAGGGACAUAGUUAUUGCUGCAUGCGUGUUACAUAAUUACAUCAGGCGCGAAGGGAAAGAUGAUUGGUUGUUUGCUAAUGUUGAUGGAGCGGCUGUGGCAGAAUUGCCAGAUAUUGAUGACGAGUCUGGUAUACAGCUGGCUUCCUCCAUUCAGGAUCACAUGGCUUUCUCAUUACGAGAAUCGAUUAUGGGGGCAAUGUGGAAUGACUUCAUAAACAAAUGGGAUCAAUGGUGAUUGGUGUUGGCUCACUCUCCUAGUCUGUGAAGAUGCUGUAUAGACUUAGGCAACUAAUUUUGACGCUUGAUAGGUGUAGUUUUGCUGAGUAAUGUAACUUUCAUGUGCUGAACUUGUAUAAAGUUUGAAUGGAUAAUCUGUUGCUUAGCUUCUGUACCAUUUGCAUGCAGAAAAUGCAUUAUUAUUUGUAGUGAAAACAGUUUUAAAAUCACAAA